GAUGAUGUAGCUAGCGAGUUAGGAAUGUCAACAUGGGAAGUUUGGAAGGACUUUAUGUGUGUCUUUGCGCUGACCUUAAUCUCUCUGCAAAUGCAUAUAUUUUACAAGCGCUGCAACAGACAGACAAUCGCAGUGAUAUUUCCCGUGAUAUUUCCCUGAAGUUGGCAGGAAACGAUCAUUUGAAGCAAGUGUUCACACUAACCGAUAAUGAUCUACUUGUCUUGUCGAAAUUGCUUCGUAAUAAUUCAACUGUUAAAGCUCUAGAUGUAAGAUACAACAGGAUCUCAGAUAAAGGAGCUGUGCACAUUGCAGAUCUCCUGCAGGAUAAUGUGGCUCUUCAUUCGAUUGAUCUUAUGUGCAACAACAUUGGAGUUGAGGGUGCAGAGAGAAUUGCAAAAAGUUUACAUCAAAACGCGACUUUGAAGAGGCUGAGAAUGACUGGCAAUAAAAUCGAGAAUAAAGGUGGCAUGCACUUUGCUAGCAUGCUGCAAAUCAACAACACAUUAGCAGAACUGGACUUGUCUGACUGUGACCUGGGCACACAGAGUGUGAUUGCGUUUUCCAUCGUCCUAAACAAUAACAGAAGUAUACGUUCUGUCAACGUCAGUCGACCUAUUCUCUUUAGUCUGCAGGAGGAGCCAACGGUCCAUAUGGCCCGCAUGUUGGUGGUUAAUCAGACUUUGAGGGAGCUCCAUAUGGGAAAGCAUGGCAUGACAGACUCUGGUGUUGAGAGACUAUGUGAAGCCUUGAUGCAAAACCACACCCUGCAUUACCUGGACCUCCGCUGUAACAGAAUAACAAGGGAUGGGGCAAAAUGCUUGGCAGAAGUCCUGAAACAAAAUGGCACAUUGGAAAUUCUGGAUUUGGCCUCCAAUCGGAUUGAGGAUGAGGGUGCUGUCUAUCUGAGUGAAGCCAUCGCACAGCCACACAGCAAACUGAGAGCAUUGGCCAUCCCGAGCAACAGCAUUGCCACAGUCGGUCUGGUGUCCCUCACCAAAGCUAUGAAUGUGAACCCAUGCCUGACACACAUUUAUAUUUGGGGCAACAGACUUGAGGAGCCAGUGUGUAUGGCAUUCUCCCAUCUUAUUGCCAGCAGACGUCUGCUGAAGGAGCACACUGACGUCUUUCCCUAUGAGGCGGAUGGUCGGUUUUACUUAGCAGAGGUGUUCCAUGGUCUCCGGCAGCAUUACUACUGGACGCCAAGCUCCGGGGACAGGGACCCAGCCUGCAACGCAGCCCUGGCCUUGAAAACAUUACACAGCCCUCAUCUUCAGCCGUCAUGAUCCUGGCACUCUGCCGUUGGUUUUAUCAAACUGAUUUUCGCCCCAUGCCUUUGCAGCUUUUGCAAUGAACUGUGGAGCAAUGGGCAGUUAAAUGAUGUAAAUUACAUGUUGUGAGAUUGAAGUUUGUGUCAUAUUAGCAACACUUGUUAACUAGAAGGAAAUGAAGCUAGCUGCUGGGUAGAUGGGAAGAGAUAGCUAUAAAGGCACAGGAACAGUGUAUGUGGAUGUUGAUUAAGUGAAUAUAUUUAGAUGUGAGAAAAAGGCACAACUGAAGAGCAUGGUGAGAUUAUGAUAUUGAGUAGGUGCAUUUUGUGUUAAGAAAAUGUAGAACUAGUUUUCUACCAUAUCUAAAGUUUCUUCAUAGAAAUUGAACUAUGAAGUUCAACUUCAUAGUGAUGUUGAAGACUAGUAAGUUAUUAGAGCCAAGCUAAACGUAUUUACGCAUUAAUGCUUCUAUUCUAACCCUUUUUCUUUGCUGAAUCCUCAUAGCUGGUGUGGCAGGUACAGGCCAGAUUACCACCCCUCAAAACCCUGGAGCAAGAAUUACAGCUGCAGUAAGAGAGUUUACAGCUCUUAUUAACCUGCCAAACUCCAGCAGAGGAGUCCAUCCAUUAUCUUAAAUCCAAAGCCCCUCCCUCCAAAGACAGGCAUUUACACUCCUAUGUGGUGAGUGCAAACACUUAAUAUUGACAAACAGGGAUGGCUGCCUGCCUUGAGAGAAGGAGGUUUAAUGCUGCAAAAAAAAAUGAUAGAAUUUUUAGUUGCUGAUUACAGAUUCCUUAAAUUUUUCCUCAGGACAACUUUUUUAGUAGCUGUGAGGAUGUAAAAACAAAAAUGAACUGCUUUAAUGAAGAAAAUGAUACAAAUAAAGGAUGACAACACAGUGCAAAAAAUAAAUGGAUUAUUCAUGGUCAAAGUAAAGGUAUAAAUGAUACAUUUGAGUGGUACAGAUAUCCUUCAUUUAGUGCUCCAGUUUGUGACACAAUAAACAAAUGGGCAAAACACCCCCCAAAUAAUACCAUUUGCUUUCAAAUUCCCCCAAAUAACACAAUUUUUGGGGGGAAGUGAGCACAAUGUCUGAGGGUUAUGCCUAGAUCAACAAAAAUUAUUCCUCUUGAUCAACAUUCUUAAAUGGAACCUUAAAAAUAUUGGUUGAAAUGGAAUGGAUGCAAACAUUUAAACUCGAAAGACACUUUUACCUCACAAAAGGCUGUUUCAGUACCAUGUCAGCAGUGUGAUGAUAAGGGUAUUAAAAGAUUAUGGCACAAAAAUUCAGAUGGUAGAAAAAAACACUGGUGUAGACAGCUACUCUUAAAUCAUAUACGCCGCUACCCACUAUAACAACAU